GUUUCGUGUGGGGUUUCCUUGAGAGAGUUUCUAAGUUUUCCACUUAAAAAAUUAGUUUUUUUUGUGAAAUUAAAUUUAAAAGUGUAAAAAUGAUGAACUGAAACAAAAAAUUAAGUAUUUUGUGUGAAAAAAAGGAAAAGGGUGGAAAGGAACCCCCGUAGAUAGAAGAGUGUGUGUUUUUUUGUUUCAAGUGGAUUUUGAAUUUUCCCGAGGAAGAAAAAAAAGUACUUUAUUGUGUAUUCAACAUCAAUAACGUCAAAACCAAUUAGCAUCGUUAGAUGAUUAAAAAUAAAUUUUGAUCCAAAAUCAAGGAUACAAAAAAUAUAUAUAUGUGAAUAAAGUUUCUCAAAUAAAACAAACAAUUUCGAAAAACUGAAAUAAUUAAAAUAAAAUAAAAAUAUAUCUCUCACGCCAUCAAAUAUAAAACAAAAAACAACCACAUUCACAAAAAAUUGUUAGUGUUUUCGAAAAAAACCAAACACACCCUUUCUACAUCACCAUCAUCAUCAAAUCAAAAAUUGCAUUGUUGUUUUUGCGCUCAGCUCAGGCUUGCAUCUCUCGAAUGUUGCAUAGAAUAUGCGUAUAGAUAACUUAGAUACAUUAUGAGAUAUUUUGAGAUAUUCCAUUCGACGUUCUAUAGUUCAUUGAGUUUAAAUAAAGUUAAUAUCAAAACAAAAAGCUUUUCUGUCUGAUUUAUUAAAAAAAAACUAAAAAAGAGCAAACAGAAGAAAGCAAAAAAUAAAAAUAAACAAGAGCGAGAGUAAGCGCACUGUGCCAAAGCUUAUUUUUUGGUUUUUGUGAGAGUAAAACAACAACAACAACAAAAAACCAACAACAACAACAAUAAUCAACAUAAUAUCUAGAACUAUUCAUCGUGUAAAACCAACAGUCUCGUGCGCCGGCACCACCAAUCGCAGCAUAAAAAUAUAAUACCUUACAUCCUCCCUUUUUGUGUGUGUUGAUAUAUGCCAGAGGAACAGAAGAGUAAAACACUUUAUCGUAAAAUCAUUAAAUCGAAAUAAUUCAACUUUUCCUCUCGUUUCACACAGAAUUCUUCGGUUUUUUUUCUUUUUUCAUUUUUCAGAAUGAAAUGUAUCUUUAGUGUGAUUCCUCGUUUCUGUCACGUAGAGUGUUGAAUCGAAGAUAAAGUAGAAACGAAGAAAAAAACACCUCAAACAGUGAAAGUGUGUGUUUUAAUGAAAAACCCAAACUAAAGUUUUUUUGAAACCCCAAAACUAAAACCCCUUUAAAUAAAUAAACACAGUCUUAUGCUUAAUUAUCGUCUGGUGUCAACUCAUUUCUUAAAGCAGCCGUAAAUUCAUCAAGUAAUCAUUAAAUAGUGUUUAAAUGUGUGUUGUUUCUAUCGUAUUAGGUGUUUUUUGAAAAAUAAGAAAAAUAAAGAAAAAUCGAAAAAAGUUUUGAUCUCUAUCUAAGAAUCACCCCCCAACACAAUAGUCUUCUAUAUCUUCGUGCAAAAAUCAUCAUCAAAAAGCUAUAAACAAAAAACAUAGCGCGAGUAAUUUAAUAAUUUCUACACCGUUAAAUCCACCAUCAACCAGAAAAAUAUACACAACACCCACAUCACAAUUUCUGUUUUCUAUAAGAGAAUCCACCCACACCAACAACAACAAAUAAUACAAAAAAAAAUAGUCCAACUGGAGGGUUGCAGUAGCAUUAUUAGCAACAGCAGCAAAAGAAGCAGAAGCAAUUUAAGAGAAAGCUCUGCGCUCUUUGAUUUAUCAAUUCAAUAACAACACCGAAGAGAGUGUAAAUUGAAUUUCCGUUCGGAUUUUAGAAAUUCUGUCACAACGUAUUCGUUAAGAGUUUUUCGAUUGUUCGGCGUUGAUUAUCAAAAUUUAAGCAGCGAAAAUGUGCAGAGAUCGCGAUAUGAAUUUGCCAUAGAUCAACGCAAUCGUCAGUACAAAGUUAAGAAAAAAAUUAAACUUAAAUAAGUUUGAAAAAGAUAAACAACAAAUAAAUUAAAUUAAUAGAAAAAACACAAAACAAAGGAUAAGAGUGAAAAUAUUAAAGAUUGAAGAACGUCGUAUCGUGCAGAAGAAGAGAGAGAGAUAGAGAGAGUAAGAGAGUUUGUGGAAGGUUUUUAAAAGUGCAAUCAAAGAGCUUUAUUAGUAAAUAAAAAAAGAGUCAAGAGAGUGAAAAAGAAAGAAAUAUAAUUAUUUAAGGGUGUUUUUUCAUCUAAGUCAUUCUCAAAUUUACAACAAAAGGCAACAACAAUAACAACAACAUAAUAAAGGAUAGAAAUCAAGUCAUAACUCAUUACAGUUACAAGAACAACAACAACAAUAACAACGGCUCUUGUGCCAAAAAUCAUCUUGAAAAGGAUUGACGGAGGAGCAACUCUCAUCAGAAUUCUGAAUAUAGCAAAAAACAAAAACAAAUCUUUAAUAGUGGACAGGAAUUAAAAAAGGAUAAAAAGGCCUGAUUCACAUCACUUAAAGCGGAAAGUUGAAGGAGAAACCGUUUCAAAGGAAACGUGUUUUGUAUUUAAUUUUGUUUUUUUCUUUUCAUUCGGUUUGUACGUAUUUUUUUUUUGCGGGUUAAUAUAAAUUAUUUUUGAAACUACCCGGAAAUCGAACGAAAGUUUUUAAUUUUUUUUUGAUUUUUUUUAUUAAAUAAAUCAUAAACGAACGUGCGAUUAAUAAAAAAUCUAUCAAAAUUGAAGUCUUCGCAAGGAACAUUUGGAAGUCCGUCAAGGCUUGCGUUUGCGGCAUGCGCCAUCCCACCACUGGCCUGAGCGAAGACGACCUAAGUCGUCUUACCAACGGUUCAUCAAGUUCAUCCUCUUCCUCAUCAUCAUCAGCAUCGACUACUCCCUCACACGAUCAGCCAACAACCAUUAUCAAUCAUGGCCAUCAUCAAAAACAAACUACAACAACAAAAUUUUGUUCCCCAGCAACAACAACUUCACUUAAUGACAAUGGUUCAACAUUAUCAACAACAGAAACAACAACUCUUACCAAAGCUGAAAUCAAUCUUACUUCACUAAAUAAUGAAGAUCAAACAACUUCAUCAGCAGAAACACAAAAUGAACAUGUCAAUAAUUUGAAAAAUAAUGUUGUCUUUAAUUCAUCAUAUCUCCCCGAGUUUAUUGAUCCAUUAGAAUGGCAAAAAUCUAGGAAGCGUAAGGAAAGGCUCGAUAGCACUUCAUCGAUAACGCAAGACCGUAAAUUGGUGCGUUCCAAUAGCGAAGAAAUAAUUGCACCACCAGAAGAAAAUCCUGGUGACGAUGUAAAUAAUUUGAAAAAAGCCGAUGGCGUAGAAAUAGUAGUUCGUGAAGCCAUUCGGCGAGUGUCCUCAGAGGAUUUCAAAAGGUCGUAUAAUGAGGAUUUUCAUCAGGAGAAAACAUUUGUUAGCGAUGAAAAUGAUUCGUUGCUUGCCAAUCGACCACACUCUGAGUUGUUUUUCUCUCCCGGUGCUAAGGAUAUAGCACGCAGAGCCCGUUUAGAAAGUAGUCCAUCGCGAUCAAACCGUGUUUCACCAAAUCGCGAAAUCCGUUCGAAGAACAACGGCGACGAAUGUGAGCUCGAACAUGAACGCAGACGUUCGAGUGAACGUUUCUGCAAGUCUCGGGCACCACCCGGUCGCAAAUCGGGUGUAAUGAAGAAGUCUGGAAAGUUUCUUCCCACAAAAAUGCGUGGCGAUGAAAACACCUACAAAUAUGACCUGUCCGCUAUGAAAUACGAGCGUCGAGGUUUCGUUAGCAAAAUUAAAGUCGAAGAACGUCUUCAGCGCAAGGAAGAAGCUGCUGACGGACAGCGCAAUGAUUACAACGACAAUAACUUAAUCGAUUUCCACAUUAUUCGCAGCGAGUAUGGCAAUAACACAACAGCGACACCUACAUCUUUGUCGUCACAACAGCAGCAGCAACAACAACAAACACAACAACAACCAGAAUCAAACAUUUCAACAACAACAACAAAAACAACAGCUGAAGCACUGCCAUGGGACUGUUCCAUACCUGAGGAUCAGACACCUGUACUGAGUCGUCGUUUUGCGGCUGUUCGUCAUCCCGAUUCAAUUGAUAUUGCUGCAAAGCUCUCCAAAAUCAUGCCUUACCCGCAACAAUUUCAUAAAACACCCAAUUCAAUGAUGGCCGACGAUGAUGCCAUCGAACCAAUCAUUAACCCUUAUUGGGCUUUAACACACAUGGAAAAUGCCAAGACUCGCGAAGUCAUGCAACAGGUUAUUCCAUCGAUAAUGUCAUUUCAAACGCCCGAAGAGCGUCUGAAGCAAGUUAACAAGCGGCUAGUGUCGCUCAAGAAGAAAGCUGUACAGUUGGAGGAACAAUUUGAAAAGAAAAAUGGUUAUAGACCAUCGCAGGCGGAGAAGCUUAAUGAUAAGCAUAUUAAGAAUAUAUUGGGAGAAAUUAGCAAGUUGAAGAAGGAGAAGCACGAGUUGAAGUCUGAUCCGAUGGCAGCUUUGGGAUUGAAAGUUAGUGGCGGUAUGGAUGCUGAGAAGAAGUUGGAGAAAAUUCAAUCGACACUGAAUGAAAUUGAACAGAAUUUAGCUGAUAAGCGAGAAGAUGGCAAUCGUUCAGAAACUUUGGAUGAAUUAACACCUGAUCAAUUAGUUCAGGAGAAAACUGCAGUCCAACAUGGAUUACUCUUCUAUGAGUCUUUAUAUGGACGUCCUUCAACCAAAGAAGAACGUGAUGCAGCUCGACCUCUAUAUGACCGCUAUCGAAUGCUUAAAAGAAUGGUAUCACGUAGUGUAACUUUGUCAGGAAAUACCUCAGGAGCACCAGAACUUCCCACCAUACUCGAACAUGAGGCUAUGGUUUUUGAAGCAGCUCCCCAUCAACACUCCUCCAAUAGCACUGACAGCACAACAAGUCCAAGUGAAUCUUCAACUUUGGUUGUAUCAGAAAGCAACAGUUCGGCAGCAUCAACAGAUUCAACUCCAGAUAAUAAAGUCGGUGGAGAGAAUGAAGACGGAGAAGAAGAAGAACAUCAACAUAAACAUUAUCAAGAACCCCAGCAACAUAAACGCCAUCAACAUGAAUCUUUGUUUGGCGGUGAAAAUAUCCAUCAACUUUCGACAGAUAAAUUAUGGGAACAUUUGGAUAAAGCACGUGAAGAGAAAAAGCUAUUAAAGCGCACUCUUAGGGAAUAUGAAACGGUAUUUGAGGAACAAAAUGGUCGUAAAAUGUUGAAAAACGACCGAAAGUCUAUCGAAGACACCUAUGCUCAGUACAAAGAGGCAAAAGCAAAAGCUCGUCUCUUGCAAGCUCUCAUCAAAAAACAUAUCUCGCGUUGAGAAAAAACAAA